GUACCUACCUAGCGGGGAGCCUCUCUUAGGAGCCCUCCAAUGUUUGCAGAGCCCUGUCCUCUGAAACUUGCCCGUGUCUAGGUACUCGGCUUUUGUCACAAUAUUUGUCUUCACUAAACUCAGCAUCGGGAUUCAACGUUAAACACAAAACCGCCCGACCGUGUCAUAAUUCGCGUAAGCCCCAACUCGAGAUCACAUGUCGAACUUCUGAGAGCUUUAUUAGAUAAGAGUUAAAUGUGGUAUUGAUUAGCUAACCCUUUAUCGCUGACAAGAUCCGUCUAACUUUCCCAAUUCGGGGACCGACAAAUCGAAAUCGCUUUUAGCAAAACAAGUAUUAAUGUUGUAUCGGCGUCCCGGCACGGUAGGCGGGCGUCGCGCAGUCUACGGGAGGCUUCAGGCGCCCCCGCCCCGGCCAGUUUCGCCCGCGCGCCCGACGCCGCGCCACGUCGCUCGCGCCGCCGCCCCUGAAGCCACACACCAACCCUCUCCUGACAUAACCGCACUAUAAAAACACAAUCUAAGAAUCGCUGUCCAUUCCCGACGCGACAUUCUCACCUGUGGCUGCGUACGUACGAACGCGCGUGUCCUGAACCCAACCGAGAAGUGACCUCCCAAUAUUUACGUUUGGAUUGAGAUGAAUGAAUGUAGGUAAAUAAUGGAAUGAAUUAGGUUAACGCCAAUCGGAACGUCAUGUGAAAUGUCUCAGUGUUUGCUCUGCAUUACGUCCGAUAUCUGACUGCCGAGUGGAUUGUAAUAAUCGUGGGAUUUGCCUGAAAGCCGUCUACAUAAUGCACACUUCCGUUCACGAAGAUUACAUUGGAGGUUUUAAAGGAGCCGGGCGUUAAUGUUUCUACAAUGUGGAACACGUAGACUGACCCAGUAUCAUGAUGGAAGCGUGUUUGCGAGCGCCCGGCGCUAUGCUUUUAGUCUGGCUUUGCUCAGCACUGAUGGCAGUGGACGCCGUCAAAAUUGUCAUAGAACCUCUUCCCAAAGAUCAUGUCCGGGAAUUCACAUGCGGCACUCUCUACUACAGAACAUUCUUCAUGGACACAAAAAGGGACACCCUAUACGUUGGUGCUAUGGACCGACUGUAUCGUCUGAACAUGAACAACAUCAGCGCAUCCCAUUGCGAACGAGAUUCUAUAAACCUGGAACCGAGCAACGUGGCCCAAUGCGUGUCUAAAGGGAAAUCAGAGCACUUCGACUGCCGUAACCACGUGCGCGUGAUUCAGCCCAUGGGCGACGGCUCCCGGCUCUACGUGUGUGGCACCAACGCCCACAGCCCUAAGGACUGGGUUUUAUAUUCCAACCUGACUCACCUGCCGCGGCACGCGCGGACCCCAGUGCCGGGCAUCGGGAUGGGAGUCGCUAAGUGCCCGUACGAUCCGGCGGACAACUCCACGGCGCUGUGGGUCGAGAGAGGGAACCCGGGUGACCUGCCCGCGCUCUACUCCGGCACCAACGCGGAGUUCACUAAGGCCGAUACAGUCAUCUUCAGAACCGAUCUGCAUAAUUUGACGACGGGACGACAAGAGUUUGCGUUCAAGAGGACACUCAAGUAUGACUCCAAAUGGCUCGACAAACCGAACUUCGUUGGCUCUUUCGACGUCGGCGAGUACGUGUUGUUCUUCUUCCGCGAGACGGCCGUGGAGUACAUUAACUGCGGCAAGGCGGUCUACUCGCGCGUGGCACGCGUCUGCAAGCGCGACACCGGCGGCAAGAACAUCCUCAGCCAGAACUGGGCGACGUAUCUCAAGGCGCGACUCAACUGCAGCAUCCCUGGGGAGUUCCCGUUCUACUUUAAUGAAAUACAGAGCAUCUACAAGGUCCCCGGCGACGACAGCCGUUUCUACGGCGUGUUCACAACCGCCUCCACCGGGCUUAUGGGCUCCGCCAUUUGCACGUUCACCAUCGGCGACAUCCAGAAGGCCUUCGAGGGCAAGUUCAAGGAGCAGGCCACGUCCAGCUCGGCCUGGCUGCCGGUGAUCAGCAGCCGAGUGCCCGAGCCGAGGCCGGGAACUUGUGUCAAUGACACGUCCUCGCUGCCGGAUACUGUGCUCAAUUUUAUUAGAUCACACCCACUCAUGGACACAGCGGUAUCGCACGAGAACGAAAAGCCGAUCUACUACAAGAGGGACCUGUUCUUCACGCGCCUGGUGGUGGACCGCGUCAAGGUCGACAUGAUGGGCCACCAGCUCGACUACACCGUGUACUAUGCUGGCACAAAUGAAGGGAAAAUUCACAAGAUAGUUCAAUGGACCCGAAACGGCGAUAGCCAAUCUGCUCUGCUGGAUAUUUUCGACGUAACGCCUGGAGAACCCAUUCAGGCAAUGGGCAUAUCCCGCGUGCACGGAUCGCUGUACGCCGCAUCGGACCGGCGCGUUCUGCAGCUGCGAUUGGCUCUGUGCGCGCGCCGCUACGACGCAUGCGUGCGCUGCGCACGCGACCCUUACUGCGGCUGGGACCGCGAGGCUUCCGUGUGCAGGGAAUACGCGCCAGGAUUGAUUCAAGACGUGGCCAAUGAAACGGCGGACAUUUGCGACUCCUCCAUAGCCCGCAAGAGCGUGUCGGCGACUUGGGGCCAGAGCCUGCACCUCGGCAGCUUCAUCAAGAUGCCCGAGGUCCUGCAACCGCGAGCUAUCACCUGGUACCACUACUCCAGGGAGAAGGGACGGCACCCAAUUACGUUCAAUAAACCGGAGAAGUACAUUGAGACCUCUGAGCACGGGCUGCUGAUCAUCUCCGUCAGUGAGAGUGACGCUGGACGCUACGACUGCUGGCUCGGUGGUUCUCUGCUCUGCUCCUACAACAUCACCGUCGACAUCCACAGAUGCUCUCCCCCGGAGAAGAGUAACGAAUAUCAAAAGAUAUAUUCUAAUUGGUGCCAUGAAUUUGAGAAGUAUAAAACUGCCAUGAAGACAUGGGAGAGGAAACAGGAGCAAUGCGCGAGACUGAACGACUCGAAUCAGAACACACACCCGAAUGAGAUCGUGUGAUAGCUUCUAAACAUCGCCUAUCUCAUGUUUCAAUCAGUGAACUACUACGCGGGCGCCAUCCCGGUGCCCUACGUCUCCGCCGGCCUCGGCUACUUCAUCCUGUCUUGAGUGCCAUGCCAGUACUGCGCUGGUACCAUGCUAGUACCCGUAGUGACCACUAGUGACCCAAACAAGUGACUCCCUCUAGCUUUUGUAAAGACAUAUUGAAAUUAACGUUAAGGACAGUGCCCGCUCCCGAACCGGGAACAUGAGAAGGUGAUUAGGACACUCGAAAUUUAUAUGGAUAUUUAUCAUUAUUAAAUUAAAUCGAACGGUAAAUACGCGCGUCGCGCUAUGCUUGUUGGAAAUGGAUUGUAAAAAGAUUUAGAGAGCGAAAUUCUCAUUAUUAUAAGUAUGCUUUGUUCGUUGGAUAAGAG